AUGGGGAUUACUAAUUUCAAGACGAAUGCAAAAUCUGUAGAGAAUAGUCAGCUAUUCAAGACACUUCUAGAAAAAGAGGAAAAUGCAAAGUUUAAGCAAAGCUAUCUAAGUUCUAAUGCAGCCUCAUUUAAGUUUGCAUAUUAAGCAUACAAGUAAUAAAAAUAAAAGCCUUUGGUUGAAAUGAUAUCAGAUAAAGCCACAUUUGACAGUAGAACUAAUAACAUUAUAAAUUUCAACGCUAAUCCAAUACAAAAAGAUGUUAUUCCCAGUAUAAAUAUUACUGUGAACACUCAUAAAUCAAGCUCACUCUCAUAGAAGAAUACAUGGCUCAAGCAUAAAAAAUAAGUAGUCAAAGACGAGCUUCUCAUGUCACAAUUAAAUGACAGAGAAUCUCAAGAGCACUUAAUGAACUAGAAUGAUAAAGACACAAUAUCGGAAAAAUCUCCAAUGAGUACUGAGAAGAUUUAGUAUGUGACAUAACCACAAAGGAGAUUAGUAAGAGUUAUAAAGAAGAAUAUAUCUGGGAGUAGUGAAAAUAAUUAAAGCUAAGGGGGUUUAAAACCGGCCAAGGCCGUUAGACAAUUAUCGCCUUCUAAAGAUUUAUCUCCAGCUCUAUCAGCAAACAGAAAGGAUAAAACUAAGACUCUUAUUAAUGAGAUACUCGUUAAUCAAAAUCUAAUGAACCAAUAGCAAGAUAAAGCUAGGUUUGGCUCAAAGAACCUAUUCCUCAGAACUGCCUCCUAAAAAGAUUUAACAUAAGUUUAGAUUCCAAAAUAGCAAUCAGCCUAGAAUCUAUAAAGUGCAGUUAAGCAGGCUAAUCUGCUCGCAAUAAAAUAAAAAAUCUUACCUCAUCUUGAUGCAAAGCACUCUGAAAAUAAUCCUUUAACUAUUCAAUAGCAUAACAAUCAUCAUUCUAGAAGAAUUCCUCUAACUGAUAAGGAGAGUAGUAGUCAAUAGUUUUAAGUCGGGGUUAGUAACUAAAUUGCAACUUAAGGCCAUAAUUAAAUUCAGUAGGAAGAGGCACAAUCUAAAUUCAAUCAAUUGAUGAAUUUUAGUUUGGACUAGCAAUUUUCCAAAAUAAGAACCAAGUUGAGAGCUUAUUAGAGGAAGAAAAAGAACUUGCAAAAAACUAUAAACUAUAUUAAGAAUAAUCAUGAUGGAGAUGAUUCAAUAGUGAUUACCAAGAGUAUUGGGUAAAAAGGUGUAAGAUUCGCCUUAGAUAAUGAUUAAUGA